AUGCCCAGCCUGAACGCCACCCGCAGCCUCCUGAUCAACUUGGCCAUCUGCGACCUGAUGGUGGUUUGCAUCUGUAUGCCCAUCACGACGGGGAACCUGAUCUACAAGGCCUGGGUCUACGGAGACUUGCUGUGUAGGGCGGCGCCCUUCAUCCAAGCUCUCUCCGUCUCUGCCAGCAUUCUCAGCCUGACGGUGAUCAGCGUCAACCGCUAUUACAGCCUGCACAACCCCUUGAGAGCCCGAUCCUUCUUCACCCACAGGAAGAUCUUGAACACCAUCCUGGUUAUUUGGGUCUUCUCUUCGGGCAUCUGCAUGCCCCUCGUCUUCACGAACCGGCGAGACGAGAUCGGGGUGGGCCCCGCCGACGACGUCCCACUGGUGUUCCCCAUUUGCCGCGAGGUGUGGCCCCGGGAAGAGCUCAAGCAAAGCUACAACGUCUUCCUCUUCUGCGCUCUCUACUGCCUGCCGGUCUCCUUCAACGUGGUCAUCUGCUUCUUGACCGUCCGUCGGCUCUGGAGGCCCACCGGCACCCUGAGUGGCGCCUUGAAGGAGAACUUGCUGGCUUCCCGGCUGAAGAUCCGCCGUACGGUGGCUCAAAUGGUCAUCGCCUUGGUCCUGCUCUUUGCCAUUUCCUGGCUGCCCUUUUACCUGGUGGACAUCUGGAUAGAGUUCCACGGCCCCAAGUCCUUGAGGGACGAAGAGCCAUCUCCUCUGGCCUUGCAACUACGGGCUUUUUCUCAAUGGCUUAGCCUCACCAACUCCAGCCUGAACCCCAUCUGCUACUGUUUGGUGGGGAGUCUCUACAGAUCGGCUAAGGAAAUGAGGAGCAGGUACCAGAAGAAGGUGGCUUCCCUUCUCAGCUCCUCCCCCUCGGAAAAGAGCUGGCUGUCUUCUCUUCCUGAGAUGCUUUCUCACGGGAGGUCGGUGAACUCGACUAUAAAAGAACCUGACUUAGCAACGCGAAAAGAAGGUAACAAUGGCCGCAGCCACAGCUGCAGGAGCCUGGUCUAA